UAGACGGCUGCGCCAGGGGGCGGAGGCUUCGCCCAGCUAUUAACCCACACUUCAGAAACUGUAUUUUACGUCGGUCGGUUGACAACUCCGCUUUCAGCAAUUACAUUGUGAUUCAAUUUUGUUUGGCUGAUUAUGCUGUAAUGUGAACAGGCACCUAAUUCUCUGCAUUUCGUGCAGUGGCACUUGGAACCUGACGGCUUCGAAAAAAUACGUUUAAAUAUACUGAUUAUACUUGAUAUUGGCUUGGUUGUUCGGCAGUCCUACUUAUUCAUCCAACUUAAAAAGCGCAUUUUCGUUUUUGGAUCGGUGUAAACUUAGCGGACUGGAAACAUUAGCAGUGCAAUCCGCAUUCCGCAAUGCCGGGCUUCGAUUACAAGUUUCUGGAAAAGCCGAAAAGACGAUUUCAGUGUCCUUUAUGCAUCAAGACGAUGCGGGAGCCUGUGCAGGUUUCAACGUGCGGACACAGGUUCUGUGAUACUUGUCUGCAAGAAUUUCUAAGCGAGGGAGUGUUUAAGUGCCCCGAGGACCAGCUGCCCCUGGAUUACGCCAAGAUAUACCCCGACCCAGAACUGGAGCAGCAGAUCCUCGCAUUGAACAUCCGCUGCAUCCACAGCGAGGAGGGCUGUCGCUGGACAGGGCAGGUGAAGCAGCUGCAGGGCCAUUUCUCCACCUGCUCCUACAACGUGAUUCCCUGCCCCAACCGCUGUGCCACCAAGCUGACGCGCCGAGAGCUUCCGGCACACCUGCAGCACGACUGCACCAAGCGGCAGGUUCGCUGCGAGCACUGCGGCGAUGACUUCACCGGGGCCGCCUACGAGGAGCACCAGGGAGUCUGCCCCCAGGAGAGCGUGUACUGUGAGAACAAGUGCGGGGCGCGUCUGGCCAGGCGGUUGCUGGGGCGACACGGCGCGACAGAAUGUCCCAAACGGACGCUGCCUUGCAGGCACUGUGGGAAGGGCUUCGUGUGGGACACUCUGCAGAACCACCAGUACCAAUGCCCGCAGUUCCUGGUGUCGUGCCCGCACCAGUGUGGGGCGGUUAGCCUGACUCGAGAGGAGCUGACAGCCCACGUACGGGAUGGUUGCAACACCUCCCAGGUGAUCUGCCCCUUCAGGGAAGCCGGCUGCAAACACAGGGGCCCGAAAGUGGCCAUGAGUCGCCACCUGGAGGAUAUGGCCAAGGCCCACCUGAACCUGAUGUGCGGGAUGGUGAACCGCCAGCGGCAAGAGAUCCUGGAGCUACGGAGGGAGGUGGAGGAGAUGUCUGCCGGCCGCUGCGGAGCCUUCCUGUGGAAGGUGGCCGACUACACUCGGCAGUUCCAGGAGGCGCGGAGGCACAGCAACUCCGAGUGCUUGAGCCCGACGUUCUGCAGCCAUCGCUAUGGUUACCGGCUGCAGGCCUCCGCCUUUCUGGAUGGCAACGGUAGCGGCGAGGGCUCAUUCCUCUCUCUGUACAUCCGCGUCCUCCCCGGCGAGUACGACAACCUGCUGGAGUGGCCGUUCCCGGGACGGGUCACCUUCUCCCUGUUGGACCAGAGCGACCCUUCCUUCUCCAAGCCCCAGCAUAUCAUCGAGACCUUCAACCCCGACCCCUCGUGGAAGAACUUCCAGCGGCCGCGAGCCGGGAGGCCCACAUGUGACCCGACGGACGAGAGCGCCCUCGGCUUCGGUUACCCCAAGUUUAUUUCCCACGAGGAGAUCCGGAAGAGGAAUUACAUUCGAGACGAUGCCAUCUUUCUGAAGGUCUCUGUGGACAUCCCUCAGAAGAUCAUCGCAUAGCUUGUGGUAUGGAGGAGAGACUUGAAAAACACGGGAGAGGCUUGAAAAAAGGCAGAAAAAAUCACCAGGUAGCUUCUUUCUCUCUUGGAGACCCAGAGCUUGUGUUGAGAGUGUCCAACUCUCAUUGGCUGUCUAGAAGUGUCCAACUCUCAUUGGCUGUCUAGAAGUGUCCAACUCUCAUUGGCUGUCUAGACAGGAAGUUGCUGCGCAGCCUUUCAGCUUGACUUGGCUGUAAUGGGCAGCAGGGGGCAUCCUGCUUAGCUGCUAGGGGACCAAUUUUCUCGGCCCAUUUUUCUCUCUAUCCUCAAGGAAAUUUGAGAUUAAAAGCCUUGGAAAUUUGGGUGUGGCCAGUAGUUUUUAGUAUUUUGUUCUCGGGUUCAGGUGAAGCGCUAUAGAAAUUAGAAUAGGAGUAGAGAGGGCUUGACAGUAGUAGUGUAAAUGCAGAGCAUUCGUGUGAACUGAUCUGAAACGGGAGCUCCGCUUCUACCCACUCAUGCCGGCAGUCAGUUUUCUGCUGAUCCACCCAGCACUGGUGACCCACAUGAAGCAGUGUGUCACACAGUCACUAACCCAGCUGCCUUCUGCUCACUGGACCAAAAAACCAGUGACCUCCUUUUCUCCCUCCUUUGUUUGGAGCACCUCCUUCCACGCGCAUUUAGCGGCAAAACAGUGUCUAAUAGUGUCAGUGGGUGGUCCUGAAAUGAGGCUCUUCAUCAAUGUAAACAAUAUUUAUGACCCCAGUCAGAGGAAAUGCUCCUCCCUAGUGAUACAGAAGGAUCAUUUUUGCUGCCAGUCACGCAUUAAAGGACAGACUCCUGAUGAAUAUUCAUAAAUGCAGCCAGGGAUUGAAACCGGACACAGGAACAGGUGUGGGUGGAGCUGGGAGUCUUGCUGAUAAAUCAAGGUGAAGCCUGCUUGAAAAAUGGUACAAGUGAAGGACGCUUCGUUUUUAGGGCCUAAAUGUUCAGCUUUUGAGGUGCAUCUUCUGGCAGUCAGAAUUUAAAGGAUACAUUUAUCCAAAGUGGUUUUACACAGUGGAUGUUUCAGAUUUGAGGUAAUGUACUAAUCAUGGACCAGGACUUCCUGUCGACCAGGACUUCCUGUGGUAACCUGUGUGGCUCCACCUCUUGGCCAGGCUUCCAAUGCCCCAGGACAGAUGAAGAGGUCUCUCUCUGUCCUUGUGUCCGGUCAUCCUCACUGCCGCCCACUGGAUGCCGCCGCCCAAUGGACAGGUGACGGGGGAGGGACGUCUCCCUAUUAAAUGACAGAUGGUCACUGAUGCUUCAAGCUGGAUAAGCAAUAUUACAAAAAGCACUUUUUUUUUGUCCGGCCAGCUAAUAGCAAUUCCGUUUUGGGUCACAGGUGGACUGCCUGCUCGACAGGUGGGACUGGAGCAGGAGAUGGGAUAGAACUGACCCCCCCCAGCUGUCAUUCCAGGCAGGCCUGUGGAACAUGGGAGCUCAAAAAGCCAAACUUAUAGAACAUAUGGGGGUGGCUUUGCCCCGUACUGGACUCGGGGUGGGGGGGGGGGUAGCUAUAUAAAAACUAGGCUGGAUUUUUGCUUGUGCUUGUUAGAAAUCCUGGUUGGAAUAUUUCUGUGACCGGCAAGCAACGUUUUUGGAUGAAGGGAAUUAAAUGUGUCACAUGUACGUGCAAGGUUUUUUUUUAUUUUAUUUAUCCAUGAAGGGUUUUUGUUCUGGGAAGAACAGGAAUCAACAGAACCAUUUAAAAGUUAUUAAACCAUCUGUUUCUGUGAAGUGUUUUUCCUCCAAUUUUUUGACUUGGAACGAAAGACGAUUGUGUUAUCAUUGAUCUCUGAAUCCUCAUGAAAAUAAAACAUUAGAUUUUA